AUGACAAAACAUCUAUACCAACUAUUCCGUCAGGCUGAAAUCAUUCGAGCCGUUCCUGUUAGACCAGCUAUUUCCCCUGAAUCCAACGGCACCUCGUCGAGCUUUGUGAGUUUGGAGGACAUCCAAGACGAUUUUAAGGAUGCACAGCAAUUCGAAUUGGAUGGUCUUCCCAUCUCAUUCCUGCCAGACCUUGAUGGUGCAAGAAAUCGAUCUCCAUGCAUCGCAUUUUAUCCUGACAAGAUCCUAGACGUCAUUACAGAGGAAUCUCAGUCCAGCAACAACAGCGCCGUUGUCCAUUGCUCAACACUAGCAAAAGUGGGUGUUCAGACCUCUCGAGACCUUCUUUUAUCAAGCUUGGGUCAGUCUUUCAUUUCGACUUUCGCUCGCGAUGUCGAACAAACCCGGAUCGUCGACUCCAAAAACAAAGACCUACAACAGAUUCUGGGUUUGCUGCUGGAGGCUAAAGAGAAUGACGACAAGAUGCUAGCUCUGCAGCUAGAGGUGAAGCAGAAGGGCGACAUGAUUCUGGCUCUGCAGCUAGAGGCGAAGCAGAAGGGCGACAUGAUGCUGACUCUGCAGCUUGAGGCUAAAGAGAAGGACAACAAGAUGCUCCAGAUGCAAGAGCAGGCGCUCGGUCGACUCGCACUCAUUCAUAGACGAGCUGCGGCGCUUCUUACAGUGAUAUACGAGCUGCACGAGUAUCCGAUUCCACGACUAUUCAUCGUCCUACCCAAGAAGACCUCCAAGUUGAACCCCACCAACAUUAUCAACCACCAGUUCCGACUUUAUUUUCUUUGUGAAUGUGGCGAGCACACCAAAAUACUCAAUGGCGAGAAUACCAUGAUUUCACACCACAUUCACCCUGCCAAACAUGAUGGAUACGACAUUCGGAGAUCCAAAGAGUUUUUUCAAAAGUACGGCGGGUACAUGCUGACUUUGCUAGAGAUGAUUAAGUACGGUGCCACGAUUGCAGGCUUUGUCGUUCCCGCUCUGGCUGCGGUCAGCGUACCUGGAGCUAUUGAUAUGUUCAAAGACUCACUGAACACCAUCUCACAGUCAGAUGUCGACCAAUCUAUCGAGUAUCUGCAAGGACUUACGGACAACAAUUCAAAAGGUCAGGACUCGGCCAAGGACCUUGACGCUGAUUUGUUCUCUGGACCGGACGCUUUGGAGGGUGCCGACCUUCGCCAGUUGGAAGUGUUUAUCAAGGGCAAGGACCAGCAUCGAGUACUAGGAGACCUCUACCGAAUUGUUACCCAGGAGGGCCUUGUCAAAUGGGUUUGUCUCGACCAUUUUCGUUUGACAUACAAAGAAAAGGAGCAACAGGUGUUUACCGACGCAGUCCAGCUGAAUGGUGGCUUUUAUGAACCACAACUCGGUCAAGUAGUGGUUCGCCUUGGAUCCAUAAUAAGAGCUGCAGAAUUCUCCGACGCCCUAUCCAAAGCUCGGCGUGUGGAUGACCUGGAUAUCACAUUCGACUGGGAGUGCAGCAGGAGUGAUCUCGGCAUGCUAGAGGAUGCACUCAAGAAAUCAGGGGUAUCGAUUCUCCGACUUGAUCUCCAAAAUUUACGACCUAGCCUCGGCAGCAAACUAUGGUCGACAUCCGCACGAUACGGAGCACUUUUUCGCAUCAUUGAACGCAUCAUGGAGCUUCCUAAUAUGAGAAUGAUUCAUAUUGUCCUUCCUAAGGUUUUCCUCAAGCUUUCCAGUCUUCCGCCAAAAAGACCGUCCCAUCCUCAUAAGUUAUCCUUCGAAAUGGUGCCUGGAUCGAUCGGACCAAAGGAAUUUGGACUAUUAGCAGAGAUGCUCAAGACCAAUUCUACUCUGACCACCUUGGACUUAUCGGACAACUCGAUCGUGCACAAAGGAGCUAAGACGCUGUUUGAGGCACUCACGACCAACUCGACUCAGACGACUUUGAACAUCUUGGGUGCCUGGAUCAAGGACAACGGAACUCAGGUGCUUUCGGAAGCACUCAAGACAAACUCAAACGGCAAUAACGGAGCUCAGGCGCUCUCUAAGGCACUCGAGACCAACUCGACUCUGACCACUUUGAAAUUACGGUGCAACUUAAUUGGCGACAUCGGAGCCCUAGCGCUGUCUAAGGCACUCAAGGCCAACAAGACUCUGACCACUUUGGACUUGUGGGGCAACUUGAUCGGCGACAUCGGAGCUCAGGCACUGUCUGAGGCACUCAGGAUAAACUCGACUCUGGUCACUUUGGACUUGAAGCGCAACGCAAUUGGGCUCAGCGGAGCUCAGGCGCUGUUUGAGGCACUCAAGACCAAAUCGACUCUGAUCACUUUGGACUUUUUGGGUGACUGGAUCAGGGACAGCGGAACUCAGGCGUUAUCUGAGGCACUGAAGACCAACUCGAUCGGGAACGAUGGAGCUCGGGCACUCUCUAAGGCACUCGAGACCAACUCGACUCUGACCACUUUGAAAUUACGGUGCAACUUAAUUGGCGACAUCGGAGCCCUAGCGCUGUCUAAGGCACUCAAGGCCAACAAGACUCUGACCACUUUGGACUUGUGGGGCAACUUGAUCGGCGACAUCGGAGCUCAGGCGCUGUCUGAGGCACUCAGGAUAAACUCGACUCUGGUCACUUUGGACUUGAAGCGCAACGCAAUUGGGAUCAACGGAGCUCAAGCGGUGUUCGAGGCCCUCAAGGCCAACUUUACACUGACCACUUUGGACAUUUUGGGUGACUGGAUCAAGGACAGCGGAACUCAGUCGCUUUCGGAGGCACUCAAGACAAACUCAAUUGGGAACAACGGAGCUAAGGCGCUGUCUGAGGCACUCAAGACCAACUCGACUCUGAUCACUUUGGACUUGAAACACAACUCGAUCAAGGGCAACGGGACUCAGGCGCUGUCUGAAGCACUCAAGGCCAACAAGACUCUGACCACUUUGGACUUGUCAGAAAACUCGAUUGGGGUCAAGGGAGCUCAGGCGCUGUCUGAGGCACUCAAGGCCAACAAGACUCUGACCACCUUGAAAUUACGGUGCAAUUCGAUCGGGAACAAUAGAGUUCAGGCAUUGUCUGAGGCACUCAAGGUUAACUCGACUCUGACCACGUUGGACUUAUCGGACAACUCGAUCGGGGACAAAGGAGCAAAGGCACUGUCUGAGGCACUCAAGCCCAACUCCACUUUGACCACUUUGGACUUGUGGGGCAACUUGAUCGGCGACAUCGGAGCUCAGGUGCUGUCUGAGGCACUCAAGAUCAACUCCACUUUGAUCACCUUAGACUUGUGGGGCAACUCAAUCGGGGACAACGGAGCUCAGGUGCUGUCUGAGGCACUCAAGACCAACUCUACUCUUACCACCUUACACUUGGACGGCAACUCGAUCGAGGGCAACGGCGCCCAGGCGUUGUCCGAAGCACUCAAGGCUAACAAGGCUCUAACCACUUUGGACUUGUCAGAAAACUUGAUUGGGGUCAAGGGAGCUCAGGCGCUGUCUGAGGCACUCAAGGCCAACAAGACUCUGACCACUUUGAAUUUAAGGCGCAACUUGAUUGGGAUCAAUGGAGCUCAGGCGCUGUCUGGGCCACUCAAGGUUAACUUGACUCUGACCACGUUGGACUUAUCGGGCAACUCGAUCGGGGACAAAGGAGCAAAGGCACUGUCUGAGGCACUCAAGGCCAACAAGACUCUUACAACUUUGAACUUGGAGUACAACUCGAUCGGGGACAACGGAGCUCAGGCGCUGUCUGAGGCACUCAAGACCAACUCGACUCUUACAACUUUAAACAUGGACUGUAACUCGAUCGGGAAGAGCUUAACGGAGGCGCUGUAUGAGGCACUCAAGACUUACUCGGAUCUGUCCUCUUUCGACUUGACGCGCAACAUCAUCAAGGAUAACGGAGCUAAGGCGCUAUCGGAGGGACUCGAGGCCAAUUCGACUCUGACCACUUUGGACAUUUUAGGUGACAAGAUCAGGAACUCCGGAACUCAUGCGCUGGCUGAGGCACUCAAGACCAACUCGACUCUGAGCACUUUGGAAUUGACGUUCAACAGAAUCGAAGACAACGGAGCUAAGAUGUUGUCUGAGGCACUCAAGACCAACUCGACUCUGAUUACUUUGGACUUGAUGGCCAACUCGAUCACGGGCAAUGGAGCUCAGGCGCUGUCAGAGGCACUUGAGUCCAACUCGACUUUGACCACUUUGAGCUUAAGGUUCAACUUGAUCAGGGACAACGGAGCUCAGGCGCUAUCUGAGAUGCUCAGCAUUAACUCGACUCUGACCACUUUACACUUGUGGCACAACUCGAUCGGGGACAACGGAGCUAAGGCACUGUCUAAGGCACUCAAGGCCAACAAGACUCUGACCACUUUGGAAUUAAUGCGCAACUCGAUCGGAGAUAAUGGAGCUCAGGAGCUUUCUAAGGCACUCAAGACCAACUCGACUUUGACCACUUUGAACUUGUGGCAUAACUCGAUCGGGGACAAUGGAGCUCAGGCGCUGUCUGAGGCGCUUAAGAUUAACUCGACUCUGACCACUUUGGACUUGUGGGGCAACUCGAUUGGGGACAACGGAGCUCAGGACCUGUUUGAGGCACUCAAGACAAACUCGACUCUGACCACUUUACACUUGAAGCACAACCCGAUUGGAGAGAAUGGAGUGCAACAUUUUAGGUUCCGUCACACCAAAUUCUAUAACGUAGCAGCAUGCAAUUGCCAUGGCUCUUACCUCUAA